UGUGGCAAGAUAUGCAAGAACCGACAUGACCUGCGGAUCCACCAGGCCAAGAUGAAAUGUAUGCAGAAGGUGGUAGAGGCACAGCGCGCAGGAACUACACCUGGUGAGAUGCAGGAGGAGCCAGGCCCUGAGUCACCCCACAGUGCCCGGAGCCUCCAGGUGACGCAAACACCUGAUGCACACAGGACAUCAGAACAUCGUCGGGUGAAGUGGCCCCAAGCGAGUAAGGAGAAGGAGUGGCUCCAGUUUGAUGAGGACGCUGACACCAUCUUGGAAGCAACUGCCAAAGGGGAAGCUGGACGACGCCUCAAGACGAUGACCACGAUCAUCAUCAGCCUAGCUGCAGAGAGGUUUGGACUUGAGGAGAAGCGGGAAGCAAAAUCUCCCUACACCAUGAACAACAGAGCAAGCAAGAUCCAUCAGCUCAGGCAGGAACUUAAGAGCUUGAAGCAGCAGUUUAAGGCUGCGAGUGAGGAGGAGAGGGGGCCGCUUGCGGAGCUAUGCAGCAUAAUCCGCAAGAAGCUGAUGACCUUGAGGAGAGCUGAGUGGCAUAGGAGGAGGAGGAAGGAGAGGUCCAGGACAAGAGCUGCCUUCCUAGCAAAUCCAUUUGGAUUCACAAAACAGCUGCUAGGACAGAAGCGCAGUGGUAUACUUGCCUGCUCCAAAGCUGAGGUCGACCACCACCUCAAGCAAACCUACAGUGACGAAUGCAGAGAGCAAGACCUAGGCCCCUGCAGGUCCCUGAUCAAUCCACCUACGCCGACUCUAGAUUUUGAUGGGAAAGAGCCCAGCUGGAAGGAGAUCCAGGAGGUGGUCAGAAGGGCAAGGACAAGCUCCGCUCCAGGGCCCAGUGGAGUACCUUAUAAGGUUUAUAAGAACUGUCCAAGACUACUCCACAGACUCUGGAAGAUCCUGAAGGUGAUCUGGAGGAGGGGCAAGGUAGCAGACCAGUGGAGACAGGCAGAGGGUGUGUGGAUCCCAAAGGAGGAGAAGUCUCAGAACAUCAAUCAGUUCCGAACCAUCUCGCUAUUGAGUGUUGAAGGGAAGAUCUUCUUCAGCCUCAUUGCAAGGCGACUGACAGACUACCUCCUGAAGAAUUCCUACAUCAACACAUCUGUCCAGAACGGAGGGAUCCCAGAGUUAUCUGGGUGUCUGGAGCACACAGGCGUGGUCACUCAGCUUAUCGGGGAAGCCAGGGAGAACAAGGGGGACCUGGCUGUACUGUGGCUGGAUCUCGCAAAUGGAUCCAUACCUCACAAGCUGGUCGAAGAGGCACUGAACCGGUAUUACAUCCCAAAGAAGUUCAGAGACCUCAUUCUGGACUACUAUGCCAACUUCCACCUCAGAGUUUCCUCCGGCACAACAACCUCCAACUGGCACAAGCUUGAAAAGGGGAUCAUCACUGGCUGUACAAUCUCAGUCAUACUCUUUGCACUCGCCAUGAUCAUGCUGGUGAAAUCUGCGGAAGUUCAGUGUAGGGGGCCCCUCUCCAAGUCUGGAGUCCGACAGCCACCCAUCCGAGCCUUCAUGGACGAUCUGACAGUGACCACUACAUCUGUCCCAGGCUGCAGGUGGAUCCUGAAUGGCCUUCAGGAGCAGAUUUCCUGGGCUCGCAUGAACUUCAAGCCGGCUAAGUCGAGGUCCCUCGUGCUGAAGAAAGGGAAGAUUACUGAGUUCUCCUUCUCACUUGGCACCACCAAGAUACCAUCACUCACAGAGGAACCUGUGAAGACUGGGAGCCUGAGAGAUGCAGCCUCCAUAAGAGCGACCAACCAAGACCUGAAGACCUGGCUGGCCGUGGUGGACAAGUCUGGCCUCCUUGGCAAGUUUAAGGCCUGGAUUUACCAACACGGCAUUCUCCCUAGAAUUCUCUGGCCCCUCUUGGUCCCAAUUUCAAUGGUGGAAGGCUUUGAGAUGAGGAUCAGCAGGUUUCUGCGUAGGUGGCUGGGACUGCCGUGAAGCCUGAGCAGCAUUGCUCUAUACAGGCAGAACAACAAGCUGAGGCUCCCCAUCAGCAGCCUGAGUGAGGAGUUCAUGGUGACGUGGUCCAGGGAGCUCCUACAGUACCGGGAGUCCAGUGACCCAAAGGUUGCCCAGGCUGGGAUUGAAGUCAGGACGGGGUGGAAGUGGAGAGCGGCCGAGGCUGUGGGCGUCGCAGAGUCAAGGCUACGGCAAAGGGUGUUGGUGGGAACAGUGGCACAGGGGAGAGCUGGCCUAGGCAGUAGUAGAACACCUCGUUACGACAAGGCACAGGGGAAAGAGAGGAGGUCACUGAUCCUCGAGGAGGUGCGAGCAGGAGUGGAGGAGAGGCGAGCCUGCCAGAUGGUGGGGAUGCGGCAACAGGGCGCCUGGAUGAGAUGGGAGUAAGCAGCAGAGCGCAAGGUCACAUGGACUGAGCUGUGGAAGGCCGAACCCCAUCGUAUAAAAUUCCUAAUCCAGGCGGUCUACGACGUGCUGCCAAGUCCAUCCAACCUCUUCACCUGGGGGAAGGUGGAGACACCAGCGUGCCCCCUCUGCCAGAGGAGAGGAACCUUGGAGCACAUCCUCAGCUGCUGUCCAAAAGCUCUGGGUGAAGGACGGUACCGCUGGCGACAUGACCAGGUCCUGAAAGCUAUAGCGGAUUCCAUCUGCAGUGGGAUUAGCCACAGCAAGAGCCUUCGCCCAGUGAAGAGCACCACCUUUGUCAGAGCUGGGGAGAAGUCAGCGCCAGCUGCCUGGAACACCUCAUCUGGCCUGUUAGCAACGGCGCCCGACUAGGAACUGUCAGUUGAUCUAGGCAAGCAGUUGAAGUUCCCUGAAGUGGUUGCCAAAACAACACUAAGACCAGACAUUGUGCUUACCUCAGUGGCCUCCGAGCAGGUGAUCCUCUUGGAGCUCACAGUGCCUUGGGAGGACCGGAUGGAGGAGGCUAAUGAGAGGAAGAGGGCGAAGUAUUCUCAGCUGCUGGAGGAAUGCCGGAGCAAUGGGUGGCGAGCGAUAUGCCAACCCAUUGAAGUGGGAUGUCGAGGGUUUGUGGGCCAAUCCCUCUGCAGGGCCUACAAGAUGCUUGGCAUCACAGGGGCCAGCCAGCACAGGGCCACCAAGUUAGCCACUGAUGCAGCAGAAGUGGCAUCAAGGUGGCUGUGGAUCAGGAGGUGUGAGGCGUGGCAUGUAGGGCAGUAG